UAGUGUAUUAACAUUCUAAGUAAAGAGAGGGGACUUCCCACCUGCAGCAGAUAUAAAUAACUGUGCAUGGAACUAAACCAUCAAAACCUCUUUUCUUCUUUCUUCUAUUCCACAAGUUGGUUAUUCCCAUAAGUUAUUCCAAUGAAGAUCGGAUCACCAUGUCUGCAAUCUCUGGAGGGCAAGCAUGUGCUGAUAACAGGUGGAUCAAGUGGGAUUGGGCUUGCCAUUGCCAAAGAGGCUCUCUCUCAAGGAGCAUUCGUUACACUUGUAGGCAGAAGCUCCACUAAAUUGGAGAAAGCAGAACAAAUUCUUGUCAAAGAUGGUGCUGCCAUUCAUAAAAUAUCCACCAAGGUUGCAGAUGUGUGUGUGUAUGAAACUAUGGCAAAGGCAAUAAAGGAGUGUUUUGAAUGGAGGGCUGUUGAUGUGUUGGUGUGCAAUGCGGCUGCAGCAACAAUUGCACUUAUGGAUGAGGGCAGGAUUGAAGAUCUGCAUGCCAUGAUUCAAACUAACUUGACAGGGGCUGUCAAUACUUUGCAUGUUGGGAUUCCAUUGAUGAAGAAAAGAAGUCCCCAAACACCCAUGUCAAUUGUUCUCAUGAGUUCUCUGUCAGGACUGGCCGUUCUGUAUGGUAACGCUGUAUAUACUGCAACCAAACAUGCUCUAAAAGGACUUGGAGAAACUCUCAAGCUUGAAUUGAUGCCUUAUAACAUCCGAAUUAGUGUAGUCUUUCCAGGGUUUGUGGAAACCCCCAUGCUCGAUUACUGUGGCAUAGAAGAUGACAAAGAUAUCUUGCAUAUUAUUAAGACCACAACUAUGUAUAAUCGAAGCCAAUCAGAGAAACCUGAACAUGUUGCAAAAUAUACAUUAGAAGCAACAAAGAAUGGGACUUUUCUUGUCACAAGCCAAUUCAGUGGUCUGGUGUUAUCCACAUUCUCACGUGGACCUAUGCCUGCAGAAUCAUUUGGAAGGGCUUUUGUUGAACUCAUAUUAUUUAUUCCUAUGAGACUCUUCAGCUUCUUAGCUGCUUGUUAUGUCUAUUAUGUUAUUAAAUAUAGAAAUAAUAAGAAACCAUAGAAUGGUUUCCUGAGAAGUAUAUAUAUAUAUAUAUAUAUAUAUACUUAUAUAUAUAUAUAUGUACUAAUGCUAUUGUAGAACAAAUUAUUGCUAGCUUUUUAGCUUAUUAAUGAAUGUAAUAGUGAGAUUUGUUUAUUAUUC